GUUAGAAAAGGAACAUUUGUUUCUAAAAAUUCUAUUUGUUUAAAUUCUGUGUUUUAAAUGUUAUUUUUGUGUGUUGUGUGUUAAAUAAACGGAUUGACUUUCUUAAUGGCACAAAGUGGAAGUAGUAUGGGAGAAAGAACUAGUACUUAUGAAGCUAUUAAUAAGAUCGGAAGAGGUGCAUACGGUACAGUGUACAGGGCGAGAGACAAACAGUCUGGACAAGAAGUAGCUUUAAAGAAAGUAUGUAUUCCUUUGACGGACGAUGGCAUCCCCAUGAACACUUUGAGGGAAAUCGCUCUACUAAAACAACUCAACUCCUACGACCAUCCCAAUAUCGUUAAGUUGUUAGACAUAUGUCAUGGGCAGCAAAUUGGAAAAGACAUAAUGAUGUUUUUGGUGUUUGAGCAUGUAGAGCAAGAUUUGGCAAUGUAUAUUGAGAAGCAUCCAAAAGGUUUUGCAACUACACAAAUCCGCAAUAUGUCGAGGGAAAUAAUUACUGGGGUUGAUUUCCUGCACAGUAACAGAAUAAUUCAUAGGGAUUUAAAGCCACAAAACUUGUUGGUUACCAGCGACGGUCAUAUCAAAUUGGCAGAUUUUGGACUAGCUAAGACAUAUGACUUUCAAAUGAAACUGACGUCAGUUGUGGUAACAUUGUGGUACAGAGCUCCCGAAAUUCUUCUGGGACUUCCAUAUGCCACUCCUGUAGAUAUAUGGUCGGUGGGCUGUAUUAUAGUUGAAUUGUAUACACUUAAGCCACUAUUUUGUGGUAAAUCUGAAAAUGAACAACUUAAUGAAAUACUUAGGAUAAUUGGAAAACCUUCUAAAGAGGAUUGGCCAGAAGUCGAUAAUAUUCCAAUUAAAUGGAAUUCCUUUGAUAUAGAAAACCAAGUUGACAUAAAAAGUUUAGCGCCCAACAUGUGCGAGACUGCCUAUUCUUUAGUAAUGGAUAUGCUGUUUUUUGAUCCAACCAAAAGAACAACAGCAUUAAAAGCUUUAAAUCACGAAUUUUUCCUGGAGGAACCAAUUAAUACAUAAUUUCUAAAACAAAUUAAUUUAUUGUUAUAUGUUGACAUUAGAUUUACUUACUUACUUCAGUGAUUCUUUUUUGAGGCUCGAGAAAUAUUAAGAAAUGCUUUUUAGAUCACUUUAUUUCAUAAGUCUGAUGUAUAGAAUUGUCUUUGAUUUCUUAUGGCGUGUUCUCACGACUUGGCAAAUAUUUUUUAUUGGCCUAUAGGGUCUGGCGGGAGUUCGGCGUAGUUCCUAUAAUAAAUAACUUAGAAAUUCUGUAUAGAUGCCCGACGCACCGUGUAUACCCUGUAUACCAAUUACAAAUAUUUGUCAAGUAGACGAGUCGUGAAAAUGCGCCUUUAUAGAGGGUAUUAUUAAAUUAGGUAAAGUAGAAAUACCGGGUGUUUUUCAAAAAUAGCUCACCACUAUAACUUUUAUUUUUUCAGAUAAAAAACAAGAGAUUUGGUAUGUUAGGUUAUAGGUAUAUGACAUAAAUCACAACAUAAUU